UUUAUUAGUAGAAAUUAUUAAAAAGUUAAAAAUAAAGUCGCAGUGUAGUUAACCUAUCUAAAAGAAUACAGUGUUUACUCCACGUAAUAUUGAAAAGCUGGGCCCGCGUCCGCCGCUGGCACAGCUCACACGGGAUGAGGAGACAGAGCAAGAGCUGCUAGGAGGACUGGAGGAGCCACCGGGAGACAGCCGCAGAACGCCAUCUCAUGGCUCCUCCUCAAUGCGCCGCCUCGCCACCUCCAGCUCCCACCAAAGCUGCCACUGCCGGCGGCGGCGGAGGCAAGAGCAGGACGCAGCUGGCGGCAACGCAGGUGAAGAAGCUGUGCAAGCAGGGGCGGCUCGAGCACGCGCGGCGGCUGCUGCUGGACGCGCUGCCGCGCCCGCCCCCGACGCUGCUCUGCAACGUGCUCCUCAUCGCCUACGUCGCCGGCGCGCUCCCGGACCACGCGCUCGGCCUCUACGGGGUCCUCAACCACGCCGCGCGGCCCCCGCCCCGCUCCGACCACUACACCUACUCCUGCGCGCUCACCGCCUGCGCCCGCUCCCGCCGCCUGCGCCUUGGAAGGUCGGUCCACGCGCACCUCCUCCGCCGCGCCCGCUCGCUCCCGGACACCGCCGUGCUCCGCAACUCUCUGCUCAACCUCUACGCUUCCUGCGCGCGGUACCGCCAUGGUGGCGUCGAUGUCGUCCGCAGGUUGUUCGACGCAACGCCUAAGAGGAAUGUGGUUUCCUGGAACACCCUGGUCGGUUGGUACGUCAAGACCGGGCGUCCCUAUGAAGCCCUGGAGAUGUUCAUGCGCAUGCUGGAGGAUGGCAUCAGGCCAACACCCGUCAGCUUCGUAAACGUCUUCCCAGCAGCAGCAAGCGACGAUCCCAGCUGGCCAUUCUUUCUGUAUGGCAUGCUUAUAAAGCAUGGCGUGGAGUAUGUUAGUGAUCUCUUUGUUGUCAGCUCUGCGAUUGCCAUGUUCUCUGAGAUUGGCGAUGUGCAGUCAGCUCGGAUGGUGUUUGACCAUGCUGCCAAGAAGAACAUUGAGGUUUGGAACACGAUGAUCACUGGGUACGUGCAGAAUGGGCAGUUUUCUGAAGCCAUGGAUCUAUUUAUCCAGAUAAUGGGGUCUAAAGGGGUUCCAUUGGAUGUUGUGACUUUCUUGUCAGCCAUCACAGCGGCCUCGCAGUCACAGGAUGGCAAGCUUGGUCAGCAACUGCAUGGCUACUUGAUGAAAGGAAUGCGUAGCACACUCCCUGUGAUACUAGGCAAUGCACUUGUUGUGAUGUACUCGAGAUGCGGCAAUGUCCACGCUGCCUUUGACCUCUUUGAUCAGUUGCCAGAGAAGGACAUUGUUUCUUGGAACACCAUGGUCACUGCUUUUGUGCAAAAUGAUUUUGACUUCGAGGGCCUGUUGCUCGUUUACCAGAUGCACAAAUCAGGUUUCGUGGCUGAUGCAGUGACGUUGACUGCAGUAUUGUCUGCAGCAUCAAAUACAGGAGACCUUCAGAUUGGUAAACAAUCACAUGGUUAUCUCAUCAGGCAUGGCAUUGAGGGCGAGGGCUUGGAGAGCUAUCUAAUAAACAUGUACUCCAAGUCUGGCCAUAUAGACAUGGCUCAGAGAGUGUUUGAUGGCUAUGGGAAUGACAGAGAUGAAGUCACUUGGAAUGCCAUGAUAGCAGGUUACACACAGAGUGGCCAGCCUGAACAGGCGGUCUUAGCAUUCCGGGCAAUGGUUGAGGCAGGUGUGGAACCCACUUCAGUGACACUUGCGUCAGUGCUUCCAGCGUGUGAACCUGUUGGAGAGGGUGUGCAAGCAGGGAAGCAGAUCCAUAGUUUUGCUCUGCGACAUUCCUUGGACACCAAUAUCUUCGUAGGUACAGCCCUUGUUGACAUGUACUCAAAGUGUGGGGAGAUUACUGCUGCAGAAAAUGUCUUCGAUAGAAUGACUGAGAAGAGCACUGUCACCUAUACUACAAUGAUUUCUGGUCUUGGUCAGCAUGGUUUCGGUGAUAGAGCACUGUUCCUCUUCUACUCAAUGCAAGACAAUGGAUUAAAGCCUGACGCUGUGACCUUCUUGGCGGCCAUUUCAGCAUGUAAUUACUCAGGACUGGUCGACGAAGGUCUUUCUUUGUACAGAUCAAUGGAAACAUUUGGGCUUUCAGCUACUCCUCAGCACCACUGCUGUAUUGUGGACUUGUUGGCUAAAGCAGGGAGGGUGGAGGAAGCAUAUGACUUUGUGGAAAGCCUGGGUGAGGAUGGAAACUUCAUCGCCAUUUGGGGGUCGCUUCUUGCAUCCUGCAAAGCUCAGGGCAAGCAGGAGUUGACAGCAUUUGUGACUGACAAAUUGCUCAAUAUUGAGAAGCAGUAUGGUCAUGCUCAUGCAGGCUACAAUGUUUUGCUGUCGCAGCUAUUUGCUGCUGAAGGUAACUGGAGUAGUGCUGAUAGUCUUAGAAGGGAGAUGAGGGUAAGGGGGUUGAGGAAAGAUGUGGGUUCUAGUUGGAUCAAAGUCCAGGGUGCAGCAUUGGAGGAAAUGUUCUCGAUGCGGGAUGUGGGUUGAUGAAAUCAUCUACCGAUUUGUAAGUCCUGGCACGAAGAAACAGACUGCAGAUUUGUUGAUACCUGGAGAUUAGAGCUCCUGUUAUCUGCAGCUAUAGCCUGAUUUACCUUCUCUCAAAAUUGGUCCAGUUCCUUUGGAUUUUUGACUGGGUGAAACAUGGAAAGACCCUCUGCCUGCAGGCGAUGCAGCGACGGUCAAAAGUUGAACAUAUGCAGCAAGACAACAACAUAUACGCAUCGAUUAGAAAUGAAACAAAAGGUUGAGAUUGAGACCAUGAAUGCGUAAUCAGCUGCAACUUUACAGUGAGUAGUGAAUCUGUGAACAACAAGUUAUCCAUGUCACAAACAGUGUAGCAUCAUCGAGCUUCAACGGCGUUAAUUCUGGGACCUGACAUGUGAGUAUGCCACUGUGAGUGAAGUAUACAUCAUUUUUUCUUCAGACUUGUUUCUUGUAAGAGAGAAUGUAAACAUCCAUGUAAAUCUCAAAUUAAAGAAAGCUAUUACACGGUUAUACAGCCAACAGAAUUAUGUAAA